UGCUUAGCAGUUACGUUUCGUUUUCAAGAGACCUCAAUUUGAUUGAGCAUUUGCAUGAUCGAUCUAUGCCAGCCAAUAGUCUGUCGUGUGUGACUCGCGAUGUGAAGUUCAGAAGAUUCCACAUGCAUCAGUUCGGCAUUGGAAGCUUUGGAAGGGGUGGUUACGUUGUUGUUAUCAUUAGUGCACAAAUAAAAUAUAAUUAGAAAAAAAAAUUGAAUCAUUUUGAAAAGUGGCGAGCACAAUGCUUCUAUAUGGUGACUUCGGUGUAUGGAAAACGAAAAAAUCAACGCAUCUAUUCAGUGAAACGAUCCAGCCAGCAGCGUGCAGUUGUGAUUUGAAGGGAUCUUAAUAGGGAAAUUUUGUAGCGCUGGUUUUCAUCUGAGACGGCAAUAUGAAAACAAAGCUGUGCCUAUUCGUGACCCUCAUUUUAGGAAGUCUACAAGUUUUUCCGACUGAAGCUGAUUCUGUACCUGAGUCAGAUCAGGAAAGAGAAAGUACAGACGACGGAGUGAUUAUUGAAUCGAACCUUCGCAGUUAUGAUGGUGUAACGCAAGCCACCGUUAGGCGAUCAACAUCGGUCAGCUCGAUACAACUGCCAUCGUACGUGCCACCGCAUAUCUACUACGAGACAACGAGACCUGGGGAUGCGGUUCCAUUCUCCGGAAGCGGACUCGAGAAAAAUGCCGCGGCCUCUGAAAGCCUUUAUCCGUCAUUUUUGAGAAACUCCCGACACUAUUUUCCAACGUCGGACGUAGAUCGAUUCAGGCCGAUUACGACAACUGCACGGGCAAAAUUUGUUGAACCCUCAAUUUUAGGAUCAGGCGAUUUUGGCAUCUUGAAAGGUGGCACUUUUUAUCAGGACAGCGAUCCCCCGAUCAGAUCUUACUACAAAGAUUUUUAUGGUCUUGGACAUAAAAGUCACAACGGGCAUCAGAGGCCAUUCGCUGCCCCACUUAUACAAAAGCAACGCUAUCCAUCAGACCCAUCCAAUCCAUUCUCCAACUUUCGGGACUUUGCAGAUAUCAAUGUAUCGAACGAUGCUGGUCAAUAUUCUGAAUAUUAUGUCGUUUACGCUAAUAAACACAGUGAAGAAAAACCCUUAAAAAAUAAAAUCAACCAUAAAUCAGAUAAGAAUGUAAUACGGAACAUAAAAGACCAGCUAGAUAUUAUCGAUAAGGAAAUUAAGGAUGAACACAAAAAACACAAGCUAAGUAAAACUAAAGUUAAACUUUUCAAAAGCAAAAAUCAGUUCAAGUUUAAAUCAACCUUCCAGUCGGUUUCGAAUUCCCCCGCCGAUAACGAUUUCAUGUUGGCUCUAAGUUAGUACCUCGACAAGAGUAAGAACUAGCAACACUCAGAAAUAUUUGUAGAGCACAGAUAGCGCUAAUGAGGUUUGUACUUCAAAAAAGGAUAAAUCAAUUAUAGAAAGUGAGAAGUUACAAGUUUUGUCGAAGGACGAGUGCUAUCUGGAACAGCAAACAGUCAUCCUUUCUCGGUUUGUUUUUUUUUUAAUUUGCAUUACCAUUUUUAAAAGUUUCGAGAAUCUAUGUAUGGUGAUAUAAGUAUACAUUUAUCAGGCGGAUGAUGACAAUUUCGUUGUUCUUUGUCAACAAUAGCGGCUACAACUGAUCGAUUAAAACAGGUUUCGGAAAACUUUUGAAUUUUCCAUUGACAUUUCUACACACAGGUACGGUUAAAUGAAGUUUGUUCACAGCAGAGAUGUAUGGACAUAGACAGAAAUGCCGUUAGUUUAAAUCACUGUUUGCCUGCCAAAUGAUAUAUGUAGCAGAAAGGCUGUUUAGUGCCUUAUGAAUUGAGUAAACAAAAUUUAUAAAAUAUUAUGAUUGAUCUUUAAAUUACCAGGAAACAAA